CGACCGACAGACUGCACCCGCCUCAUCUGUGGCGUCCACAAACCCUAGACUCAGAAGAAGCCAGUAAAGAAGCUGCAUUGUUUGUGUCAAUUUCAGUAAACCGCUCAUUUUCAGUUAAAACCCCGGUGCACGAAGCAGAAGAAGAAGAAGAAGAAGAAGAAGAAGAAGGAGUCUGGUAGCCGUUAAAUCGGUCCGAUAACUGAAAAAAAAAGCAUGUCUGCUAAGCCCGGUGAGGAGCUAGGCUCAGAGGGGAGGUGGUUUGGGGAUGACUAUGAAAGGAAUGGCCUGUUUGAGAACACACCGACUCGGUUCGACGAGCUACGUGAAGAAUUUAAGCCGAGAAGCGACGAGGUGGCGGGCGACCUGGAUCAACAAUUUCAUCCUUUCCAGGACGACGGGAAAAGGCCUCCAGUUGCUAUGGAAACUGCAUCUACAGAUGACCCCAUAUCUGGCCUGUUUAGGAAGCCCAUGAAUGAUGAUGGUGAUGUCUACACUUCCCUGCUCUCAAAUCAAAGCUUCACAUCUGGUCAAGAAAGCUCUUACUUGUCUGGCGACCUGAAGCCCUCCUCUGGCUCCUCUGGCCUGGAUAACUUCUCCAGCAACACCUACAGCUUCAGCUCCAGCACCAAGAUGACCUCUGACCUAGCUGAUGACAUGCCAAAAUCUCUUUUGGGCUCAGAUAAGACAGAAUCAUACAACUAUAUGGAUAUCAGCCAUGGGGACGAGCACCAUGACCAGAGCCGUGGGGCUCUGCACAGCCUGAUAGACACAGGAUCAUCUGGUCGUGACUCACUGGGAAGCUACAUCGAUAAAGACCCCGGAAGAGAUGAGGAGGAGGAAGAGGAGGAAAACCUGGGUCCAGCUCUGGGCUCACAUUCUUUCCCCUAUGUGGAGGAGCCCUCUGAUGAAGAGCUAUCAGACUACCGCUCCUACAGAAACCUUGGUGGCACCCCGCAGACAGCCAGCCCAGUGAAGAUCACCCUGACCGAAUCCAAGCCUCCAACCACAAAGACAGAGCCGCAGAAAAAUCCAUCUCCAGUCAAUGUGUCUGAGCGUGAAAACAUCCUCAGUGUGGGCCAGCAAGGGGUUCCCACAGUGACGCUAUCAGAGCCAGAGGACGAAAGCCCCGCUUCCACUCCAAAUGCUUCUCCUACACAAAAAGAGUUCUCUUCCAGUGACAUGUUCAAGGUGGACGAAGUAAAGCCUGCAGCUUCCAAAUGCACUCCCAGCACAAAGGCCGGCAGCAGGGAGCAUGAUGGCAGCAGCGCUGAGUCUGGAGACUCAGAGAUCGAGUUGGUUUCAGAGGAGCCUGCUAAGACCAGCAGCAACCCAUUUGCCCAGCCGCCUAAAAGCAAAGGCACUUCCAUCCAGCCUAACAACCCCUUUGACAAUCCCCCAGUUGCCAAGGGUGGUUUCGGCCUGGCUGGGAACCACGCUCCACCCACAGCCUACAGCAUUCUGAGGGAGGAGAGAGAGGCAGAGCUUGACAGUGAUCUCUUCAUUGAGUCUGCAUCUGAAGAGAGUCCAAAGAGGGAGCAGGGCUUCGUCGGCCCCAAACAGGGAGUCAGCCCUCCCUCUCCCCUAGUUCCGGGUGCUGUUCCUCCCCGCAGCCAUGCUGAGGCUAUGCCAGCCGAGCCCCUGAUCCCAGAAAAGUUCAAGACCCCAGUUAAGACAGAGGAGGAUCGCAACAGCAAGCCCAGGCCUCCAACUGCGGCCGUGCCCCCAGAAGUGCGAUUGGAAAGACCCCAACAGGACGACAUGCACAAACACACCACUGAGGGCAAAGGAGACCUUGGGAAAGUUGCUGCCUCAAUCUUACUUGAAGGCUUUGACAAGCAAAAAGCGAUUGACCUGCUCUACUGGAGGAAUGUGAAACAGUCAGGGGCUGUGUUCAGCGGCGUGCUACUGCUUCUCUUCUCCCUGACCCAGUUCAGCGUGGUCAGCGUAGGAGCCUACUUAGCCCUGGCAGCCCUCUCCGCCACCAUCAGCUUCAGGAUCUACAAGUCUGUGCUGCAGGCUGUGCAGAAGACCGAUGAGGGGCAUCCUUUCAAAUCUUACCUGGAGAUGGAGAUUGCUCUAUCCCAGGACCAGAUUAGUAAAUAUGCCGACAAAAUCCUGCUGUACUCCAACACCUGUAUGAAAGAGCUGCGCAGGCUGUUCCUUGUACAAGACUUGGUCGACUCCUUGAAGUUUGCUGUUUUGAUGUGGCUUCUGACCUAUGUGGGCGCUCUCUUCAACGGCCUUACCCUGCUGAUCCUAGCUGUGGUUUCCAUGUUCACCAUGCCUGUGGUCUAUGAGAAGCAUCAGGCGCAGAUUGAUCAAUAUGUGGGGUUAAUACGGACCCAAGUCAACUCCGUGGUGGGAAAGAUCCAAGCGAAGAUCCCCGGGGCAAAGAGGAAGGAGGAGUAAUGACUGCCUGUCUUUUGGUGAAGCGGACAGUCGAGUCCAGCUCAGAGUCAGGCAGCUCGUUUACUGUUGAAGAGCCUGGUCGUCAUCUGUGGGGCGUAGUGCUAUGUCAUCUAGGUGUUCUCUAAAAGCAUCCACUGGAGAAGCCGUCACCCUGUCUAUAGCAGUCUAAACACUAACACACACUGUCACAUGUUCAUAAUCCUGUUUCUAAGUAGACAAGACCUCAACUCAAAAAACAAAAGAAACAGACUUUUUUGUGUUGCUUAUUAUAAAGUGCAUGAAGUCAAGCCUUGGGUAAAUGAUAUUUGAUAUCUUUUUGUGCGGUUUUUAAAUCAUGCUACAUUUUUGCUUUGCAGUGCUUACCACAAACUGUACAGUUUGGCACAAAAAAGCUAAAUGCCCUCAGACGUGCUCUGCUGCCAAUGUUAAGUACUGCUUCAUGUUUCUGAGUAAGCAGACAGGGCUUCUCUCAGUAUACGUCAAUAUAUAUAAAUAUCAAAAAUGAUUUCCUUUUGGUGUUUCCAAGCACAAAUAAUUUAACAAUAUCCGUCUUAGAUGUGGUAAUUGUAGGGGUUUUGCUUUUGUAUAACCAUAAGGAACAAUACACACGCUCAUGUUUUAGGUACUGUUGUACAACUACAAUGAAGACAAGGAGUAUCUGGUGAUAUUUAGCUUGUUUGAAUAACUGUCCAACUUUGUACUAUGUUCAACUAUACUCUGUAGUUCUUUAGACCCUGGACUCUUUAACUAUUUGCACUCUCACUAUGUAUUUAAUUACAAGAAUAAGAAAAAAUAAAUGUACCUUGAUGUAUAA